AUGGUCUCUCAACCCAUUGGUACAAAGAAGACGCCCGUCACGUCCACGGCAAAGAAGACACCUGUGAAGAGUUCAGCAAAGAAGGUGCCUGUCAAGGCCCCAGCUGUUCAGCCACCCAAGAAGCCCAUCAAUACAGCCCUACAGAAGAAACCCGUCACUACAACUCCCAAGAAGCCAGUACCUACUACGGCACUCAAAAAAACCGGAACAGCAGUCGGACAAAAGAAGCCUCUCCCAGCCCCAGCAAAGAAACCGAUCCCGCAACCCCAGCAGCAAGGCUGGCUCAGCAAGGGCCUCAGCGCCGCACAAUCCGGAAUUGGCAGUGCCGUCGGCGCAGCCACCACCGGUAUCAGCAACGCUGCCGGCGCCGUUGUAACAGCUGCAGGCAGUGGUGUUGCUGGAGCAGGCCGGGGAGCAGGGGCAAGCAUCACAAACACAUCCCGUACCUGGGGCGAUAUGGUCCGCGAGUAUGGUAACUCACUCAAGGACAUGACCGGUGCCACGGGCAGUCGCUCAACUACGCACAAGAACCCGCUUGGUUUAAGCACAAGUGCGGCGGGGGGUAUGGCGUCCAUGGCGAGUAGGCCUGGUGUGCCUGGUCUUUCUGGGGGCUCGGCUAGGACUGGUACGGCUAGUAACCCAUUGGGCUUGUAG